GGGGUGUUUACAAAACAACGUUUGUACUUGACAGUAGUCACAAAUGAGUGCCAAAAAGGGCAGAAGAGCUGAAGUGCUCACCGUGCCACAACAUGAGAGUCAGAAAGGUGUAUCUAUGGAUUCGCCCAACCUGUCUUCUAUAGAGGCAGCUAGUUUCUUUGAGGGACUGCAGCAAAAUCACAGUAACCCUCUGCACAGCACCGCCUUGGAGGAAGAUUUAAACGCCUCAGAGGAGGGACAGAUCAAAGGGGAAAAAGCUGGAAAAAAGGAAAUCCCUCAGAAGUUGAAGACAACUGUUAAAAAACCCAGAGCUGCCAUGAAAAGAAAAGACAUAGAGAGGGAUGGAGAGAAUGGGGAGGAGGGGGAGAAGAAAAAGAAGAGAAAUACAGUCGUGACUGGGGCCAGGCCAGUGAAAAAUCAGCAGGCAAUGAGGGGCAAGAAGAGAAAGAGUGAACCAGAAAAUGUUAAGUCCAGAGACCCUGAGUCAAAGGAGGAAUCUGGCAGCGCCCAGCAGAGACGUAAGAGGGUCCCGUCCUCGGAGGAGGAGGAGGAGGGAAAUGAGGACAGGAGUUGGAACCCAAGUCCAAAGAAGGCCAAGAUGUCGAGUUUGGGCAGCACCAGAAAGUCUUCAUCUGAAAAGUCUAAAUCUAGAAAGUCUUCAUCAGGCAGUGCAUCUGCAGAGGCAGAAAAGGCCGACAGUGAUCAACAGAGGAGGAAGAGACGUGGUCAUCGGGGAGGAACAGAGUCAGAGGUGGUGCUUGAUGCCUUCCUUGAUUUCUGUGACCAGUACAGGGAGUCUGUGGAGUCUUCAGCAGUCCAACAGUCCAUUGAUUGUUUCUCCUCGACUGUGAAAGACGAACUCUUGAAAAAGAUCUCUUCUUCUAAGGAGUUUAAGGUUUUAAAAAGAGAAAACGCCAAGGUGGGUUCAUCGAUCCGUGUAAAGACACAGAGACUGUUUGAUGCCAAACAAGAGCUGAUGAGGGCCGAGAGGCAGGUGUGGUCGCUGCAGAAGGACAAAGCUGAACUUAAAACCAGAUUAAAUGAUCUGAGACGAGGCCAAGCCUUCCUGAACGACAUCAGAAAGCUCAACAGACAGUACCUGGACCACCGACACAAACACCCCAAAGAAAAAGAGACGUAUGGGGCGUCAAGCUUGCCAGCUCUGCUGUUGGAGACCAAACAUAUUCAGGCCGCGGAGCAUCAGCUGAGAGGAAUCAAUAAACGAUGAGAAAAAAGACUGAAAAAGAAGCAGACUCAGAAAUAACUUGCUAUGCCAUACACACAAAUGCAUGUUAAAUACGACAUAUUAUGAGCAACACUGAGGUUGCUUGAAGUAUUUCAGACUUUAAUACACAAAGCAGCUUGACAUUUUGAAUCAUAUGUUGGGAUUUUAUUGUGUUUAUUGCCCAGAUCCUACCCAUUCUAGAUCCUUGCUAGAUUAAAAUAAUACAUAAAGUAUGAUAAAUAAUAUUGGUGGGACUUUCUUGCCUAAACCACUGAAUAAAGUCAAGUUCUGUA